UGCCAUAAUUUUAUGUACCUUUUCUAUUUCUAGAGAGAUAAGCAUCAAUAAUCAUCGCCAUUAUUUUGGGUCGUCUCUUUCAAUCAUACUUAUUAGGUUCUUCUAUUCUCUAUUAUCCUUUACCCCUUUUCUCUCCUCUUAUCAUUAAAAAGCCAAGCCCUUUCUGAUUUUUAUUAUUCUUCAAUUAUUAUUACCUUUUCUCCCCCCAAAUUGCGCACUGUUGCUUUAAUCCCUACAAUUUCAGCAGGGCUUUAAUUCGAGCUGUUUUUGUAUCAAGUCCUCGAAGGCAUCAAUCCGGCUACAUACUGGUAAUCUUGUCGAACCUCCAACCUUCAGCGCUACUUCUGUUGUUUGAUCUGAUGCAUCCUGAUAAAUUAUGAAGUGAAGGCUAGUACUUGAUCAUCAACAAGGAAGAUAGUAUCUUAAAUAAAACAUAAUUGUGUCCAUCCAAUUUGCAAGUUAGUGUAUAAAAAUAGCUAAGACGGGUGCUCUUUGUUGUGUGGCCGCUGGGCCACAUGGAACAAAAUCCAAUUCAGUCAGCAGGGACCAUUCAAUGGAUCGUAUUGAACCCCACUGGAGAAUAAAUUCAAGCUUCUCUCCUCCACUGCCAAGGAGAUGGGACUGCCAGUUUCAUCCUGAUGGCUUAUCUCGUGUAACUAAUGGGCCUGUCAUCUAUGAGUCUUCAGCAUCAUCACAAAGCAGAGGAAGUAGAAACAUGGUCAGCAGCGAGCCACUCCCAAGUCAUUAUCAUUCUGUCUCUGAUGGUGCACUCUCUUAUUAUGGUAGCCCAUCUGACAAUCACCAAGCACCUCGUUGGACCCCACCUGUACAAAGAUAUGAUCUUGGCGAGUUUUCCACACCUUCAGGAGGAGCAAGGCCUGAGGCUUCUGUAUUUUCUCGGAGAAACGAGCGACGAUUUACAAGCAGGGUUCCCUCAGUAUCUAGCAGUCUUAGCUCUCCAUCUCCAUUCUCAGAGUCCAGCCAAUGGGCAUCGACAAGCAAGCCAAUCUUCAUCCCACCAUCCCACUUCUCUGGCCGCCGCUCUUUCAUGUCAAAGCCAGUUUAUCCCCUUGUCUACCCUAAUCCAGUCUCAGAUGCAGAAAUUUACAGAAGCACUACGACACCGAGAUACACUUUCAGUCCUGACCUAAAGUUUCAUAAAUCCCUUACACAACUUCAAAGGAUGGAGGCCUCUCCAGACCCCAACACGAGCUCGUCAAGGAGAGAAGGGUUCAGAUGGAGCAACGCGAGCAGCUAUGACUUUGGUUUUGAUGGAGACACCGUUGACAUCACAGAGCAUAUCGGUUUGGAAACCCUGAGCUCUCCAUGUACUGAUAGUUCAAUGCAUCAGAGAUGUGGAUUAUGUGAGAAGCCUUUGUGGCAUAAAUCUCCAUGGAGUGCACGUAGAAUCGUUAGAAGCAAUGAUAUGCCAGUGACCGGGGUUCUUGCCUGUGGUCAUGUAUUUCAUGCCGAGUGCUUGGAGGAGACCACGCCCAAGAGCCAAAUCAACGAGCCGCCUUGUCCGGUUUGUCAGAAAACUGUCGGUGGGGGUGACAGGUCUAUUUCGUUUUCUGAGCCUUUGCAGGUCACAUUGAGGUCCGUUAGAGCAGGGAGUAGCAGCAAUGCAAAUGUUGAUCUCAGUCAGUCUCUACCUAUGCCAAGGAGAGGAGGAUCGAUGGUAAAGAAUCAGUUCAAGAAGCGAUUUUUCAAAGGGAAGAAAAUGGGUAAAGAUAUUUUUGCUUCAUCAUCAUCCUCGUCGAUGAUUCGAGACAACAACCAGGGACGUCAGUGGCGGCUGAGGUUUGGUCAGUCAUCAAAAUAGCCGACCGUCGUCUUUUUUGGUGUAUGCCCAUGUACAGUGGUUUCUCUAGAUUCUGAAAUUUUAAGUUUAUUCCAUAGACUACAGCAGAUUGUUUGUUGUAUCUUCUUCUGGUUACUUUCAGAUAUCACAUGGAAUCAGCAGGGUUAGGUAACCAACUGCUUAUUUUUA